CAGAAAGAGGGAGUGGAGAGAAAAAUAGUGGUUGUCUGUGGCUCUCACAGAAAGUUGUCUCAUCAAAAGAGAGGGGGUUAUUUAUUUAUUUUUCCAUUGUUCAUUUUAUCAUCGUGGAACAUAUUGAAUAAAAUACUUGUUAUUAAACUGGGAUUUUCUUCAAUCUGAGAUAUAAUCACAGACUGAUUCUUCUUGUGGGACUAGUUUUAUUAGGAUCCUACUAGUUGUCUGGUGAGGAUAUAAUACCAGUCUGUCUCUGAGAUGGAGUCCAGAACUCUUCUACUUGUUCUGGGUCUUGAUUUCAUUCUACUGGUGAACCUAGUGGCCAAAGGUUGUGACCCUGGCUUCAUAGCCAAAGGGAGUCAAAAAUGUGAUGAUAUAGAUGAGUGUAAAGAGUGGGACAGUACCCCACCCUGUGGAAGUAAAGCUGCAUGUUUCAACACACAGGGGAGCUUCUACUGUCACUGUCUACCUGGGUUCAUAUCCACAACGACUGACUACUUUACUCCUCUCACAGGGAAAUGUAAGGACAUUGAUGAGUGCCUGAUAACACAUGUUUGUGGCAGCAACACCAUUUGCCUCAACACCAUUGGGAGCUACAACUGCCAGUGCCAACCUGGCUUCAGAGUCUCUACUUACACUGGACGCUGUACAGACAUCGAUGAGUGCCUGGAGAAAACACACAGUUGUGGCAGCAACGCUAGUUGCCUCAACACCAUUGGGAGCUUCCACUGCCAGUGUCAACCUGGGUUCAGAUUCUCUAAUCACACUGUGAAGGACUGAUGGAAAUUCCAAUAUCAAGUUAUCUGAUGAGUUUCCCAAUGAUUUUGUCACGUCUGCUCCUGCUCCCCCUCUCUGACGCUCGAGGUUGCCAGGUGGCUCAUCAUUACUCACACCUCUCCCCAUCGUUACGCGCCCCAGCACUUCAUCGGACUCACCUGGACUCCAUCACGUCAUUGAUUAUCUAUCCUAUAUCUGUCACCCAUCCAGUUCAUUUUACACAUCUGCAUUGAUGUUGUUUUGUUUCUCCUGUCCAGAAGCUCUUACUGUUUUUCAUGUCUGUUAACCCAUUAAAUAUUCAUUCCCUGUACUUACUUCUCGUCUCCCAGCGUCUGGCAUCACAGAGCCAUUACAGAUUGUGUACAUUUCCUUUUUAAAGACUUGCUGAGGCAUUUAACAGUUAGUGAGACUGUAGUAAUAUACAGUAUAAAUAUACCUGGAUCCAGCUGUUUUUUAAUUUAUUUUUAUUUAAAUUGAACCUUUAUUUGACUAGACAAGUCAGUUAAAAACAAAAUGUUACUUACAAUGAUGCCCUAGGAACAGUGGGUUAACUGCCCUGUUCAGGGGCAGAACAACAUAUAUAUUUUCUAUCAGCUCCAGAGAUUCGAUCUAGCAACCAUUCGGUUAUUGUCACAAUGCUCUAACCACUAGGCUACCUGCCACUAGGAUACCUAUCUCCUCUCUUGGGUAGGGGGUAGUAUUUUCACCUCCUGAUGAAAAGCAUGCCCAAAGUAAAUUGCCUGUUACUCAAUCCCAGAAUUUAGGAUAUGCAUAUAAUUAGUAGAUUUGGAUAGAAAACACUCUAAAGUUUCCAAAACUGUUAAAAUAAUAUGCCUGUGAGUAUAACAGAACUGAUAUGGCAGGCGAAAACCUGAGAAAAAUCCAUCCAGGAAGUGGAAUUGUUUUCAUGUGGUUGUUUUUCAUUUAAAUAGUUUGUCUGGUUUCAGGCUUUUAUUUUAUUAUUAUUAUUAUUUAUUAUUGAAAAACGACGUGUUAAAAGCCAUUUCAACAGUUUUAACAAUAGUUUUCCUAGUGUCAUACAAGGAGGGAAAAUAUUGCUGUCUGAAGAGGUAGCAUUGAAUUGUACACAGCAUCUCCUCUCACUCUAUCUUGGUUCGUGCAGGUGACUGUGACCACCUCCUCAGACCAAUUGACAGUACGCCCAGAACAUUGUUCUGGGAACCAAAAUGAGUAUCUCAGUUUCAAGUUUUGAGAGAAGAACCCUUGUUAGUUAUCAGUCAGUCAGUCACUUGCAGGAACCAAUUUUGCAUAAUGAAUCAUGUAAAUCAUGCUUAUAUGAAUUGUGUGGAUAGCCGUAUAUUAGAGAACUAACGGGACUGUCCCGGCAGAGCUCCUGACCGAUGUGAACUAUGCAUGAAGUUUGCUGGAACCUCUCCAGCUUGCUGAUAAUAAAGAAUGAUUCAUUUAAGUUUGA